AGCGGCGGUGUAUGGGCAGGACCAGCGGGACCAGAGAAGUCAGCAACGAUGGUUCUCAUCAAGGAAUACCGAGUGGUUUUACCCUGUAGCGUUGAGGAGUAUCAAGUUGGCCAGCUGUUUUCUGUGGCAGAAGCAAGUAAAAAUGAAACAGGUGGCGGUGAAGGCAUAGAAGUACUGAAGAAUGAACCUUAUGAGAAGGAUGGAGAGAAAGGGCAGUAUACACACAAAAUUUACCAUCUAAAGAGUAAAGUCCCAGGUUUUGUCAGACUCAUUGCCCCUGAAGGCUCCUUGGUAUUCCAUGAAAAAGCUUGGAAUGCCUACCCCUACUGCAGAACCAUUGUGACGAAUGAAUAUAUGAAAGACAGUUUCUUCAUUAAAAUUGAGACAUGGCACAAACCCGACAUGGGAGAGCAGGAAAAUGUGCAUAAACUUGACAACUCAACAUGGCAGAAUGUAACCGUUGUUCCCAUCGACAUUGCAGACAGAAGCCAAGUGUCUGCUGCUGACUACAAGGCUGAUGAAGACCCAGCCAUAUUCAAGUCGGUUAAAACUGCCAGAGGACCCCUGGGGCCAACCUGGAAGAAAGAGCUGGCGAGUAAAAGUGACUGCCCAAAGAUGUGCGCCUACAAACUAGUCACAGUCAAGUUUAAGUGGUGGGGGCUGCAAACCAAAGUGGAGAACUUCAUCCAUGAGCAAGAGAAACGGAUCUUCACCAACUUCCAUCGCCAGCUCUUCUGUUGGAUUGAUAAGUGGGUGGAGCUGAAUAUGGAUGACAUCCGGCGAAUGGAGGCAGAGACUCAGAGGGAGCUCGAAGAGCUUCGCAAAAAGGGUGAAGUACGGGGAACCAGUGCUGCAGACGAAUGAAAAGGAACAGGAUUAAAAAUGGCCGCAGUGCGUGAUGGUGUCUGCUAAAAAUGCUCCUUUGUUUGCCGCUUUUUACCUUAACUGAUUUGGGCUGCAGAGGAAGGAGCACAGCUGCCUGCGAUCGAUACUCAAGGUCCCUGACUUGACCUCAAUCAUAGACAUUCUGUCCACUGAAGAAUUAUUUUUGUUUGGUGUUCUUUUUUUUUUUUUUUAUGUCACUUACACACACGAUCCUUGCUGAUAAGAGUGCUUAUUUUUGAUCAUCUUGGCCAUUCAUGUAAAUAAGACUUGAAAAAGUGUGUGAGGGUAUGUGCCGUCUGAAUUAUUACAGAAGGAAAUAACUAAUCCUAGUCCCACGCCAGAAGGACCAAAAAUGUCCGACUGUAAUUUAUAUACAUUUUUCACAUUCCUUUCAAGCUGAUGUCGGGUUUUACCCUGUGCUAUCCUAACUGUAAACUGUGUUUUCAAUUUGUCAAACUUCUGUUUCUACCUGCCUCAGCCUCCAUUAAGUGAUUACUAACGCCCUCUGCGCCCAUGCCCAUAACAACCCCCGCUCACCCAACUCCUGCCCCACCUUAACCAAAGCACUGCAUCUUAUUAUCACUGACAAUCAUGCCCGUACAGGUGUUCUCUCUCUCUCCUGUGCAGACCUGGUGGGAAACGCGCACACCAGUGACGCAUGCAUCAGAACCUGAGGAUGAACAUGUGAAUUCACUCUUGAAGGUGUGUGAACAGGCACAGGUGUGGAUACCUUUGCACUGACUGAUCUGUUACAACUCAAGCUGGGCAGAUCCACACAAGCUCGUUCACCUAAAAGAUGUUAACACCCCCCCCUCCAUGCUCUCUAUUCUAAAGACAUUUGUACAUAACACACAGUACAGCGUUCAUCCCCUUUAACAGAUGUCCCUAGAGGAAAAAGUGCACUGAAAAACAGCUACAGAUGGUGCUGCACCCCUCCAGCCAAACUUCGCUGCGUUGAACCGGCUCACGUCCAAAGGCCAGCUUUGCUCAUCUGGUUUCCUGAGGAGAGUUUUUUUCCCACUUUUCACUCUCCAGUUUCAAAGCAGCCAUGUUUACAGGUUCACAGUUGGUUUAUUUGUACCCAGUCAACACCAACACCAAUCUUUUAUAUUUAACACCUCUCAGCUCUGCCAGCUAGUGCUAGCUACCUCUUCUUUUCUAACUGGCAGCUUUCCUGAUUCCUAAGGAUUACCAUUAGCCUUACCAUUAGCUGCUGCUUCCUGGGGCAGAAAUCUUAGCAGAUAGUGCUUUAUGAGUGACAGUAUUUCGGAUUAAUCUGGUUUUUGGAGGAGCUGCAGGUUUUGCAUGCCAUACAGCUAAGUAACUGGGGUUCCUUUAACAUGUACAAGAAAUGCAGCCUGUGUUCUUUGCUGCACCAAGAUGCUGCUUUCACGUCAUGUUGAGCUGAUUCACCAUAUUAGAUUUCAUAAUCACAUUUUCUCUUUAGACUUUGAAAACUCAUGGAAUAAGCCUAGUGUGGUUGUUGUUACAUGGAUGACAUGAACUUUAGCUCAUUUGAUCCCUGCUGAGUUUUACGUUCUAGUUGUUGUGUUUAAUCAUAGUUUCUUUACAGAAAUCUCUAUUUUUACCAAGGAGAAUGGAAAUGACCUAUUUUUUUGAUUCCAAUCGUCUGAUUGUAAAGUUAACGUUUUCUGUCCAAAGAGUCAAGUUGCAGAUUUGUCAUGUUUACAUGUUUUCCAAUCAUCAUAGGAAAUCGAAAGCUAAUAAUGAUAUAUUCUCAGGUGAAUGAUAUGGGUCAGAGCUUUAACCGACUGUUGCUCCCGCCUCCAAAUUAAAUGAGAAAAUAAUUCACUCUUGUAAUAUGAUGCUGAUAGGUCAGAGUUACGACAAUCUCAACAUGCAUAGCUUUUUCUUUUAGAGAGCAAAAAACUGCAGUGGAUAUUUGGUGGCACUGUGCAUUAUAAACCUAUUGUUACCGAAUAUAUCAGAAUGGGUUUGGAAGAGUUAGCGGGAGAUGUAUGUUUUCCAGAACUUUAAGGACUGUCAAGAUGACUGAAGAAUAUUUUGAAGGAACUGUAUCUUAUGUAUGAAACCCACAACACCUUAAGGCUUUUUAAUGGUUUUGAUCAGAUAGUGAAAAUCAGGGGUUAUGAUGGUGACUAUAUGAACUAUUGUGCCUUUAUUUUUUUCUAGAAAUCUCUUGUAUGACAUAUGCAUAUUGUAUUUCCAGUUAUCAAUAAAUUGUCACUAAAUUAUACUGUUUUU